CGUGCCCCGCCCCUCCUGCGGAGCCCGGAUGAAGUGUAACGCCAUUACCGCCCGAGCCGCCGAGAGCCCUAGCGGACUCGCAGUGGACGCUGACCGGCCGCACCAUGAGACUCCUCCCCCGCCUGCUGCUGCUGUUCCUGCUGGCCUUCCCCGCCGCCGUGCUGCUCCGCGGCGGCCCCGGAGGGUCAUUAGCAGUGGCUCAAGAUCUUACAGAAGAUGAAGAAACAGUGGAAGAUUCGAUAAUUGAAGAUGAAGAUGAUGAAGCUGAGGUAGAGGAAGAUGAACCCACAGAUUUGGCAGAAGAUAAAGAAGAAGAAGAUGUAUCUGGUGAACCGGAAGCUUCACCGAGUGCAGACACAACUAUCUUAUUUGUAAAAGGAGAAGAUUUUCCAGCAAACAACAUCGUGAAGUUCCUGGUAGGCUUUACAAACAAGGGGACAGAAGAUUUUAUUGUUGAAUCGCUAGAUGCCUCAUUUCGUUAUCCUCAGGACUACCAGUUUUACAUCCAGAAUUUCACAGCUCUUCCUCUGAACACUGUAGUACCACCCCAGAGACAGGCGACUUUUGAGUAUUCCUUCAUUCCUGCAGAGCCCAUGGGGGGACGGCCUUUUGGUCUGGUCAUCAAUCUGAACUACAAAGAUUUGAACGGCAAUGUAUUCCAAGAUGCUGUCUUCAAUCAGACAGUUACAGUGAUUGAGAGAGAGGACGGGUUAGAUGGAGAAACAAUUUUUAUGUAUAUGUUCCUUGCUGGUCUUGGGCUUCUGGUUGUUGUUGGCCUUCAUCAGCUUCUAGAAUCUAGAAAGCGCAAGAGACCCAUACAGAAAGUAGAAAUGGGCACGUCAAGUCAAAAUGAUGUUGACAUGAGCUGGAUUCCUCAGGAAACUUUGAAUCAGAUCAAUAAAGCUUCUCCAAGAAGGCUGCCCAGGAAGCGGGCACAGAAGAGAUCGGUGGGAUCUGAUGAGUAAAUGUUCUUUGUGCAACAAUUCAGUCUGUGCUUCCCCUGCCCUAAUGUUUUUCGGCCUGAUGGGAAUUAGUGCAGAGAAGCCAUAUCACCAUAGAAGGCAACUACUGCUUAUGUGUGGACUGAGCAAUCAGAGUCUGUGGCGAUAAUAUUGUGAAAAUGCACUGCAUUCAUUUUUCUAAAGUAACAAAUUUGGUUUUUUUGUUUUUGUUUUUUAAACAUUAAACUGUGUGGGUGUGAAUGUCUGAGCAGUUGUCUUACCAGAAUCAUUGUUAAACUACCUGAACCACGCCUUUAGAAUACUCAGCAAAACGCUGGUGCCGCUUCCCUUGUGGUAUUUUCUGAGUUUUGCCCCCAAGCUCAAUUAAUAUUUGUGGCCAGUGUGGUUUUAGAUGUUCUGCCAUGGAUCAUUUUGAGGAAAUAAUUUGUUUAUUUCUUGGAAUUGAUCAAAUCCAAGCUGACAGGCACAAACAGGCCUUUUGCUUGCUACAGCUUGUAUUCUAAAGGCACAAGCAAGAGUGACUGCUCCCUGAGCAGCAGAGGCAUGCUGGGUAUCUGCUGCUGUUUACUGUGUGCACACCUUCAGGAACUCACCAGUGGAGUCAAGGAAUUUUGGAAUCUCUAGCAACAAAAUUGUGAAACCUGACAGUUCUAUUGAUGUUGGUAUAUAAAUCCUAAUUUUA